AUGCAAUCACAGCAUACGUAUGAAGCCAUUAUCAAGCAUUAUGAAUAACCUAUAGAUAUUGCAACCAUAAUGUGUCCAGAAGAAUAUAGUUCAAUUAUAUUUUAAUUGUGUGAAGUUAGAAAUGGUAAAAUGGUUGGUUAUAGAGAUAUAUAAUAAAUAAGAUUGAUAUAUAUAUAAAUUCCCUUUGGAUGA